UUAAAUAAUAUUCCGCUUUUGCUAGGUUGGCUAUGAUUAGUUUGCACACAAAAUCGUCAAAGUAAUCCACUGCACUGUGAUGUGCUUCCAUCAGUUUUGCGAACCUAUAGGAGGUCUAUAGAACCAUCAUAAAAAUAAAAGAGGAUAUCGAGCACAAAAUGCCAUCGCAAGGGGUCGCCUUUUUUGGAGAAUUCAGUUGCUCUAAAUGUAAAAGUAAAUGGAAAUCCACAAAAUCUUACGAAAAUGUCGGACAGACAUGUAGAAAGUGCAAAAGUGUGGUCAUCGCCACGAAACAACGGUCAUUGAAAAACGCCAAGAAAGUGUACAAGGCGGAAGACGAGUUGGAUCUGAAAGGAAUUGGACCGUUUUUUGGUGAGUUCAACUGCAAGAAAUGCGACAAACAUUGGUUAUCAGCAUGGUGCUGGUUCGAGGUUGACGAAAUGACGAAAAUACCACAGAAAUGCAAAACCUGUAACGUGAAUGCAUUCGCAAUCAAAAUGAGACCCCUGCAAAAAUCCAAAUCGUUGCAGACGCAGCCACAUCAAGUUGGACUGUGUGGCAAAUGUAAACAGCUUGGAUACAGCUGUGAGACAUUGAAGCUACAUCGUAUGGCAGAUCGUUUUGCUAGUUGGAAAAUUUAGUAUCCCUAAAGGAUGUUGUUGUACCACGAACUUUCCUUUUCUUCUUCUUUUUUCUGUUUUAUUUAAUUUCGACUUGCAAAUAAAGGUGUUAAAGAAGA